AUGUCGAUUCUCUCACGAUUUCGGCCUGGAUUUGCGCGAAAAUCGACGGAUCUCAAUGAUCAGUCGACGGCGACAACCACGAGCGAUGUCAACUCUGCAGAGAAAGUACCCGGGACGAACGCGGAAGCUGCUACUGCUGAUGAGAGCGUAGAGAAAGACAAUGACCGCCCGAACGAGGACGCGCAAAGAGGUGUUCGUCAGGUAGAGGCUGUCACAUUGACAUGGUCAAAGUGGUCAUUGAUUGCCAUCUUCAUCAAUAUGUGGUUGCUAUACUUUGUCAAUGCAUUCCAGUCGUCCAUCUUGAACAACCUUACACCAUACGUUACCAGUGAUUUUGAGAGCCACUCUCUCCUUACGGUCAUCUACAUUGUAGCAAAUUCCAUGUCAGCGGCUUGCUACAUUCCGAUUUCCAAGAUCUUGGAUUUAUGGGGUCGAGCUGAAGGAUUUUUGGUUAUGAUCGCGUUUGCGACUCUCGGUUUGAUUCUCAUGGCAUCAUGCAGCAGCUUAGAAACCUUCUGUGCGGCACAGGUGUUUUAUUCCAUUGGCUUUGGUGGUAUGAUUUACAGCGUCGACGUUAUCACCGCCGACGCCACAAAGCUCAAAAAUCGUGCUCUAGCGUUCGCUUUUACCUCAUCCCCAUACAUGAUCACUGCCUUUGGUGGUCCCAAAGCAUCUGAAGGAUUCUACGACCAUGUCAGCUGGCGAUGGGGCUUUGGGGCUUUCUCAAUCAUCUUGCCUUUUGUUGCAGCGCCCCUUUUCAUCAAUCUCAAGCUUAAUCUCCGCAAGGCUGAGAAGCAAGGAAUUAUUGUCCGACGACAGACUGACAGAACACUCUUACAAAGUAUCCUGCACUAUACAAUGGAAUUUGAUCUUCCUGGAGUGUUCCUCUUCGCCGCUGGCCUUGUGGUCUUCCUUCUUCCAUUCUCAUUGGCCGACUCCGCGCCCAACGGAUGGAGCACAGGCUAUAUCAUUGCAAUGAUCGUUGUAGGGAUUAUUGUGUUGGUCAUUUUCGGCCUUUAUGAAGCAUAUGUGGCGACCCAGCCAAUGCUCACGGCCAAGAUUCUCACCAACCGCACUAUUAUCGGUGCAUGUUUAUUAUGUUUCACGUACCAAGUGGCAUACUAUUGCUGGGCGAGCUAUUUCACUUCUUUCUUACAGGUGGUUAACGGUCUUUCCAUCUCGACAGCCGGAUAUGUCAGUAGCACAUUUGAUGUUGUGUCGGGGAUAUGCCUCUUGUCAGUUGGUUUCAUCAUUCGCAAGUCCGGGUAUUUCAAGUGGCUCCUCUACAUUGCGGUGCCACUGUAUAUCUUUGCUCAAGGCUUGCUGAUCUACUUCCGCCAGCCCAACCGCAACAUUGGCUACCUGGUCAUGUGCCAGAUCUUCCUCUCCAUCGGCGGGAGCAUCAUCAUUCUCUGCGAACAGCUUGCUAUCCUCGCAGCAGCAGACCAUCAACACAUUGCAGCGCUUCUGGCGUUGCUCUACGUCGUUGGCACCGUUGGAGGCGCUGUCGGCAACUCUAUUUCAGGGGCUAUCUGGACCAACACUUUCGAACAAGCCCUGGAGAGAUACCUGCCGGAAGUUGCCUUGGAGAGCAUUGCAGACAUUUACAGCAGCCUCGACGUCCAACUUUCGUACGAGUGGGGCUCGCCAGAGAGAAUUGGCAUUCAGGAUGCGUAUGCGUAUGCCCAGCGAAGGAUGCUCAUCGCUGGAACCGCAAUCAUGGCUCUGAGUCUGGUCUGGGUCUUCCUUAUCAGAAACAUCAACCUGACCAAGAUCCACCAGACCAAAGGCAACGUCUUUUAA